AUGCCUUCCACAUCACCAAUGACACCCAUCGACCCCAGAGUAGAGAUGUUCCAAAAGGGACAGCCAAGAGAUGCAUUUUUUAACAUGAAGGCGCUGGCGCCACGGCCAAUGUCCGAGGCGACCGAAUUCGACACAGACUUCGAGGAUGAUAUGAGCGAAAUAGAAGACAACUCUCCACGCCACAGUGUCAACUCGAGUAGCAGAAGAAGUGACAGGACACUGUCCUCCUUUGAAGAGGUUCAUACGCCCAGCCCGAAUUCCAAUGAGUUCGGUGGCUUCCAUUUCGAUAUCUCAGCAAAACCAGCAGUUGAAGGUCCUCGAGGACCGCAUCUUUUCCGAGCUUCCGUUGACUCCUCGAUCCAAGAAGAUGAAGAUCAAUAUACUCUGGCAAUGUCACCCUUGACUCCGCGCCCAUCGAGUUUCCAAAGAGCGCAAAUGUAUGCGCCGAAAGUUCCCGAGAUCCCAUCACGCCACCACCGCCAUCUGAGCUCACUAACAGAUGCCGUUGAGAACUUGAACUUGAACGAGGUCGCACUAUGGACGCCACGCCAAGUUGCGAGAUGGAUGUACGAUGCUGGCUUCGAGCCAUCAAUCGUUGAGAAGUUCGAAGAAAAUGAUAUAUCGGGCGCAAUCUUGAUAACUCUCAAGUUUGAGGAUCUCCGAGAGCUCGACAUCCCCUCCUUCGGACAACGGACCAAGGUAUGGAACGAAAUACAUGUGCUCAGAGGUAGUGCACCUGGCACACCGAAGCCCCCAACUCCUAUCGAUGAGGCAAUUUCACCCUGUGUCGACUUCCAACAGAAUGGUUUCCAACGACCAUUGAGACAUACAUCCAGAAAGGAGAGGAAUGGGGAAUGUGGCUCAGAUGAAGAACCGAAGCGUCGCAAGAGUUCUCGCAGACGACACCGAGCGCGUGGACCAACAGACAUCAUCUCGCCUCUCGAAUCCGUCUCCAUCGUCGGUAUAGAGCAACUCAUGCCCAAGCCCCACAAGUGCGCCAAAGGAGAGAAUUGUUCCAAGUGGAGGAAGCAGCAGCGAUUGAUCGAUAACUUCAAGAAAGAUCACCCAGUAAGCCCAGAGGGUGGAUCUAUCUGGAUCGCUGGCGAUCCCGGAAAUCCACUUACUGCUGGCGCUGUUGCUGAAGCUAUUCGACCUGUCUCCGAUGCUGUACCAUCUGUUGUUGCUUCCUCCGAUGUUCUCGGCCCUACUGUCCCUGCUUUCCGUCACUUAGAGGAAGCGAGUCUUCGCAAUGUCCAGCUUCGUGAUCCACAGGAGAAUGUCAAGCAGUUCCUCAGAUUCCAGCACAUGGACCCACAUCAUGUGCAAUGGUCCUCAGAAGAGCCCCCUUCUCCUCCAUACGAGAUGUUUCCAACGCUCCAAGCCCCAGCUGGUCCUACCCAAAACAAGCUUCACAACCUUCCCCGGCUUGCAAUUCCACCGCCUCGUCCAAUGCAACAACAACCACCACCGAGGUCUGCAAGCGCCAAUGCCUUCUCUCCAUACCGCAUGGAGCGUGUCGAGGCGAUGUCCCCAGAUCUCCGCAAUGCAACUCAAUCCCCAAACACGGCUGUCUACCGCUUCGGCACUCCAUUCUCUGAGAUGGAUAUCCCCGUGACUGCCGUUCCCCUUGGCCCCGUUGCACGAGAUGCUUCCCAGUCUGUUCCGCCCAACAUGUCAUACCGCCAUGCUCCCGCUCCUGCAGCCGCACCACCAACCCGCACACAGUCACGAACCUCCGCGCGUCGACCAUCGUUCCCCGCCAUGCCUCGUGUCGACGAGAACAUUUCCACAGCUCCCCCUACCCAGACCAAAUUCCACGCCCAUCAGAUCCAGCCUCCUACCCACCCAGGCCACCAACACUCGAACUCCUACCCAUGGUCACCCAUCACGCAACCUGCACAGCGCACUGCAGACGACAUCUCAGCUCAAGGCUGGAUGAAGAAGCGGAAGACUAAGAUGCUCCGCCAUGAAUGGCACGAACACCAUUUCACCCUCAAAGGCACUCGUCUUGCCAUGCAUAAGGAUGCCAACGCACUCGAGACUCUCGAGUACAUAGAUGUUGAUGACUAUGCAAUUGCUUGCUCGUCUCUCGCGUCCGGCUCCAAGCUCAACGCAGCCUUCAAGGCGAUGAAUAUUUCCCGAGGCAGCAAGGACAAAAGAGACGAGUCUGCCUUUGCUUUCCAGCUCAUUCCCGCCGCUAUCGACAAAGGUGUAAAGUUGAAGAAGAGAGAAAGUGGCAUGGGUGCCAGCAGCAGUGAAGGCAAGGACGCCGGUGCGAAGACAAAGACUCACUACUUUGCUGUCAAGAGCCGAGAUGAGCGCAUCGAUUGGAUGAGAGAGCUGAUGCUUGCCAAAGCAUUGAAGCAAAAGGCUGACGGCUAUGAAGUUAACUGCAACGGUAACAUGAUCUAA